AUCAAAUGCGACGCGGCCCAACCGCAAUGUGAAUGGUGCUGCCACCAUAACUUGCCUUGCACCUACGAUAGAGUGGUGACUCGAAAACGAAAGACUCGGGAUGAUGAUGGUGCCCAGCCCAAGGCCUCGCGUCUCUCGGAACGAAUCAGUCGUAUCGAGCAGGCUUUAGCCAACAGCUUCCCGGAAUUAGAUUCAGCGACGCUGGAUUUCUCCCAGAUGCAAACAUUGGAUGACAACACAACUGCGAGCAGCUCGCCUAGUACAACAAGCAGCCACCUUCCCUCUGCAGUACCAUCUACAGUCGGCGUCCAUUUUGCCGGACGUGAGCUGGGCGCGAUUAGUCUGCUCACGGGUAUUCCUUUCCUUCUACCAGAAGGCCAAGAAUGGGUCCAGGCCCGCACAGGCCAGACCAUCUCGCGGGAUAACCUCAGUCCAGCCCGAGCACCGUGGGAAAAGGAGCGCGGACAGAGCACUAACAAUCUUUUCAACAAUCUUUCGAACCAGAACAUGUUCGAACUACCCGAUUUGCGAGUCUUACGACUCUAUCUUGAGGCUUACAAGAAAUCAUUCGUAAUGCAACGUCUAUUCCCCGUCGUGGAUCUAGAUCUAUUCGAGGAAACGAUUAUAUCGGCCUACAAACAGCCACACUCUACUUUCAGUCACGGCCAGGCUAGUAGCCGCGCAUGCGUUAUUGCUUUUCUGGCAUUUGUCUCUCGUCUUCCCCCAAUCAAGGAAUUCGUGAUGAACUCCCCGCUGGGAGAAGUAGACUAUGAUGCCCUGGCUAUCAAAGCCCAGUUCUUUCUCACGCAGGUAUUACAAGAGCCUGCGAGCUUGGAAGGGGCACAGGCAGUCACCAAUCUGACUCUCUUCGAGCUUUCGUCCGGAAACAUGCGGGCAACCAACUACUUCGCUGCGAUCGCCGCCCGUUUCUUAUUCAUGCUCGGUGCCAAUCUUGGUAAUCCCCCACAGGGUUCUCAAAGUAUUCGUGCAGGGAAACGACAUCGGUCUCUUCGCAAUCUUUUCUGGAUUUGCUACACCCUCGAUAAAGACAUUUGCCUGCGAACAGGCCAACCACCUACAAUCGCAGACGAGCAUUGUGACUUGACUCUACCACCAGGAUACAUAGAGCGAGCCUUCACCGACCCAGAGAGCGAAGAAUCGACCAACAUUGACCCGAUAUUCCCAUUCGAUUUGAGACUCAGUGUGAUCAAAUCGCGAGCACAUAGCGCAUUGUACUCGGUAAGCUCUCUGAAAAAGUCUGACGCAGACUUGUUAAAGUCAAUACGAGAGUUGGACGAUGAGCUGGAAGAAUGGCGCGCAGCAGUCCCAGCGCAUUGGCGCCCGACUAUGUCCUUUGCACAGGAUGCUUCGGAUCCAAAUGUCAGCAUGCACUCUGUCAUGCUGCGGAUGAACUAUUAUCUCUGCAUGUCCAUCAUUCAUCAGGCGAGUAGUCGGUGCAAGGCAUGGGUGAAUGGAAGCGGGGGGUUGGUUGAUGGAAUUAGUUCCAGUCUCACAUUGUCCGUUGAGGCCAGUCGAUCGACAUUAUGCUACUUGGAAUCUGCAGAGCAUGUUCUAGUUGAUGGAGUCUUUUGGACGCUCAUAUACUAUCCCAUAUCUGCUCUUCUUACGAUUUUCUGCAGCAUUCUUCAGAAUCCGCUCGAUCCCCGCUCGCGUGAUGAUAUGGGUCUUCUGAGGGUGGCAACGGUAAUGAUGAGACGUAUUUUCACCCGCAAAUUGCCAGAGAACGAAGCAGCCCAAUUCAGGAUAGUGGCCGACUUUGUGGUUGAACUGAAAAGACUGGCAGAGUGUGCCAUCGAUAAAGCGUGGCGCGAGCAGAGUACCGGCUCGCUUUUAUCUAAUUAA